AUGCUGCGGGGUCGGGAUUGUUGUCUCGCAUCCAGCGACUUCUUUGUGUCGGCCACCACUACUAGCUUGAGGGGACAUCCUCUCAAAGUACGUGUGAGCGGGGCAAGAGUGGACGCGAGGAAAUUCUUCUUCAUUCACAGGGUGAUUAAGACAUGGAAUGCUCUGCUUGUGGACGCGGUCAUGUCCUCAUCCGUGGACACAUUUCAGAGGAAGCUUGACCAGUACAGGAACAUGUACCACCACGUCUUCACAAACGAACAAAUUUUUCCCCUUGUACAACCCAGAACGCCAUACCUCACAAGGUAUGCUACUCCCUAUAUUUAACUAACAUUAUUUUACAUUUUAAGUGUCUCAAUCGGACGUCUGCAUGCAAACCAAUGA